CACAACUGUCUGCAUAUGUGUUACUGUGUAAUGCGCAGCGGUUAGAGGACUGACGUUCGGGGAACAACAAGCGAAGUGACACCGGUAUUUCUGAAGCUACUAUUGGAUGUUCUAGUCAUGUGACAUCGGGCUUCGAAGUACGAACAGGAGCGAUUGCGUAGUGGCGGCGGAGUCUCUGUAGCUGCAUCCACACUGAGAGCAUGAGUGCCGCGGAAAUCGACCCUCCCCUGCUUCCACAGGUACCAAUAAUCCGCCUCCCUAGGCCACCCUCUCCUUCUGGAAGGGGUUUUGAUCCAUCCUCACCACGGGCUCUGGCCCACUGCAGCCCAGAUUCCCAUCAGGAAACCCGUUCAAUGCUCCGCCUGCUCUUCCUCCGCAGCCUUCUCGCUUCCGCAGGUCUUCCAGUCUCCUUUACGCUCUACCAGCGAGUCACAGUUUGCGCUGAGCGGUUCAAUGCCUGUGAUAUGGAGGGACAUAAUUUCCAGGUGUCUAAUCUACAAACACCUCUAGGCGUGCAGAAGGAGGCGCUGAUCCGUGGGCCAGAUAUUAUUUCCUAUUGCUUUCAUCUCUAAAGUACUGUUUAUUAUCCAUAUGCUGACGAAUACAUUAUGGAUUUCAUUAAAACAAUGUCUUGUUUGCA